AUGAUACAGUCAGCUGCGCCGAUAGCCACCAGCUACUUCCAGAAGGGCAUGCGACAACAUCGGCUACAGCAAGCGAAAGCACUGAAUGUGCUGGUCACAGCGAAGAAAAAAUUGGCAGUGGCAGACGCUCACUCCUUGAAACAACAUUUGCAAACACACAUGCGAAUUCAUACUGGUGAGAAGCCGUUCAAAUGCCACCAUUGCGAUUCGAAAUUCGGCCGGAAAGAAAACUUGCGAGCACACAUGCAAACUCAUACUGGAGAGAAGCCGUUUAAAUGCGAUCUCUGCAGUUCGAGCUUCGGCCGAAAAGGACACUUGCAAAGACACAUGCAAACUCAUACUGGUGAGAAGCCGUUCAAAUGCGACCAUUGCGAUUCGAACUUCGGCCAGAAAGUAAACUUGCAAACACACAUGCGAAUUCAUACCGAUGAGAAAUCAAGUUCCGCGUUUGUGACAAAAGGAUGGAUAACCGAACCUCUUUAG